AUGACACCAUCAACAUCGCAACCAAUCAUGCUCGAUUUAGCAUCAGAUGACUCUUCAUCAGACGAAAAAGUUAACGAUGCUCCGAUGGCUGAGGAUGCCCAGGCACGAAAAGGGAAAACUCCAGCGAAAUCGAAGAAGCCAAAACCACCUGAAACUCAAUUACCCCAUCGACUAUCAUCUUUGACGCGAUCGAUCGUCGAGUUUGCAAAGUUCAUGAUGGGAACUACCGGGCGAGACAAUUACCAUCUCCCUGAUCCACCAACAUCCGAAGAACUUAAACAGUACGAGGCUUGGGGUAUCGACUACGUUCAAGCCGUAGACGCCUUUCAUCAGGAACAAGCCAGCAGAAACGAUAUCGAGGACGAAGCCGAAAGGGAACAUCUCAAGAAGAAAGAGCUCAAAGAACUAGAGUUGUCCCUUCAAUCGACCCGCUACGAACCAGCACCCAUCCCACCGAACUACGAGAUCUCAAAACACUUCAAAGAUCAGUGCGACCAAUCUUUCCGAUUAAAAGGAUUUCCACGGAUCACAUUCCAAUGGAACAAACCCAGCUUGGAAGGCUCAUCAUGGAACUUUGCCACUGCCGAUAUCCUGGCCAAUCAGUGGCACAGUUGGUACAUCAAGGAUCGACGUUAUUCCCCAUCGACUAAGCUAACAGUCGAUGCUAAAGGUGUGAUCGGGAGAUGGCUCAAGACUGCUGCCAUGAACCAGGCCCAGAAGCCAAAAGAAGAGUCAUCUGAAAACUCAACUCGCACAACUCAGGAGAUGAACACGUUAAGAAGGCAUCGCGAACAACGACGCAUCCAAAUUGCUCGACAUCGCCAUGCGAGCGCAAUGCGUUCCGUGCCCAAACAACACAAGGAAUACCUAUCUGAACUGCUAUCUGCAAAUGACAUGUCAUCGGACUACGAAGAUGACGAGGAUCCAGAGAUGUAG